UGAAAAUUCUUGGAUGUUUCAUUUCUGACUUCGAAGGCACUACCCUGGCUUUUGAUAGGAAGGUGCCAGGCUGCCAGCAGUCCAAUGCGCGUCAUAUUCCACUUGCGUUUUCUUUUAUCGACCUUGUCUGCAUUGAAAGUAAUAUUCUUCACAAUCUCAUAAGAAAAAAUCCAGGACGUUUACCAGUACGAGUUUCUGCUCUAAGGAAACCGGAUAAAAAACACUCGGGAAAUCUGGAAAAGGUAAAAUGCUGGAGAGAUUGUCUCUCCACAGUGGCCAAUCUAUCUGGCUGGGAUGUACGGAACAGGGACGAGUCACAAUUAAUUAAAAAGAUUGUUGAAUAUAUACAGUGCAAACUAAGCUUCACUUUGCCAACAAUUAGCAAAAAUCUAGUUGGAAUAGAUUCUCGUCUGAAGGUAUUGAAUGAAUAUAUAGACGAACAAGCAAAUGAAACUCUCUUUAUAGGGAUAUGUGGAAUGGGUGGCAUGGGAAAGACAACUGUUGCAAGAGUCAUGUAUGAUAGGAUUCGUUGGCAAUUCGAUGGCAGCUGCUUCUUAGCAAAUGUGAGAGAAGUUUUUGCAGAGAAAGAUGGACUGUGUCGUUUACAGGAACAACUUCUUUCGGAAAUCUCAAUGGAGCUUCCCACUGCUCGGGAUUCUUCAAGAAGGAUUGAUUUGAUAAAGCGCAGGCUGCGGCUUAAAAAGGUUCUUCUUAUUCUUGAUGAUGUAGAUGAUGAAGAACAAUUACAGAUGUUGGCUGCAGAGCAUGGAUCGUUUGGUGCAGGGAGCCGGAUUAUCAUAACGAGCAGAAAUAAAUAUGUGCUGGAUAGCCAUGGUGUUACUAGAAUAUACGAGGCUGAGAAAUUAAAUGAUAAAGAUGCUCUUAUGUUAUUUAGCUGGAAAGCUUUCAAAAGAGACCAGCCUGCUGAAGAUUUAUCGGAACUAUCCAAGCAAGUUGUGGGCUAUGCUAAUGGCCUUCCACUAGCUCUUGAAGUCAUAGGUUCGCUCUUGCAUAAAAGAGGUCUGCGUGAUUGGAAAAGUGCAAUUGAUAGAAUGAAUGACAUUCCUGACAGUCAGGGGCAGAAUAUUUCAGGGGGGCCCGGGCCCCUGCUUACCCCCCUUCCUUCCGCCCCUGCUGACAGGAAGAUUAUUGAUGUUCUUCGCAUUAGUUUUGAUGGCCUCCAUGAAUUAGAGAAGAAAAUAUUUUUAGAUAUCGCUUGCUUCUUGAAGGGGAUGAAAAAGGAUCGUAUAACAAGGCUACUUGACAGUUGUGGGUUCCAUGCAGAUAUUGGGAUGCAGGCUCUUAUUGAGAAAUCCCUUAUAAGCGUCUCACGAGAUGAGAUAAGGAUGCAUAAUCUAUUACAGAAAAUGGGUGAAGAAAUUGUUCGUUGUGAAUCCCCUGAAGAGCCUGGAAGACGCAGUAGAUUGUGCACUUACAAGGAUGUCUGCGACGCACUGGAGGACAGCACACACCAAACUCAUUUAAUCAUUGGUUACAACAAUGAAUUUAAUAUUUUGCCCCUUCAAGAAAAAGCAGUUAGGCUUGAUGAGGAGGAUCGCGAUCCAACAGUCGGAUCAAAAGUUAUGGCCCUUACGAACUGUUACUCUUGCCUGGGGCUACCAGACAUCCUCCUCAUCGAGUAUCAAUUCCACAUCCACUAUAUGAAAAAGCGGCAUCUGGAAACUCCUGUAAGAUUUCGAUCGAGAUCCAACGGUCGGAUAAAAAUAUCGAUUCCACAUCCACUAUAUGGAAAAGGGCAUCCGGAAACUCCUGUAAAAUUUAGAUCGCGAUCCAACGAUCCGAUCAAUAGUUAUGGCCCUUACGAACCGUUACUCUUGCCUGGUGCGACCAGACGUCGUCCUCACCGAGUAUCGAUUCCACAUCCUCUAUAUGGAAAAGGGCAUCCGGAAACUCCUGUAAAAUUUAGAUCGCGAUCCAACCGUCGGAUCAAAAGUUAUGGCCCUUACGAACUGUUACUCUUGCCUGGUGCUACCAUACAUCCUCCUCAUCGAGUAUCAAUUCCACAUCCACUAUAUGGAAAGCGGCAUCCAGAAACUCCUUAUCGAUUCCACAUCCACUAUAUGGAAAAGGGCAUCCGGAAACUCCUGUAAAAUUUCGAUCGCGAUCCAACGGUCAGAUCAAAAGUUAUGGCCCUUAUGAACCGUUACUCUUUCCUGGCGCGACCAGACAUCCUCCUCACCGAGUAUCGAUACCACAUCCACUAUAUGGAAAAGGGCAUCCGGAAACUCCUGUAAAAUUUUAA